AUGGGGGAAAAUCCUGCCAAGAACCAUUAUGCGCAGCUUAACCAGGGAGAAGAGAAUGAGAUGGACAUAUUUGGCUACAAAACUCAAGGCUGUCGAAGGGCCUUGUGCAUUGCUGGAUACAUCUUGUCCUGUGGGGCUCUGAGGCUGCUGUUUUACUGGAAGCCAGAGUGGCAUGUGUGGAUGAAUUGCAUCCGAUGCAGCUUGGAAGAAGCGGAUAUUGUUCUGCUUAGAACAACGGAUGAUUUUCGGACUUAUUCUCGUAAGACUGUGACAUGGAUCUCUGUGUCUGCAUUUAUCAAAAGCAGAUCAGACUAUCCAGCCACUGAGGAAGACUCAAUCUUCAGUAAAACCAUAAUGAAGCCAAGUUUGCUAGUGAAAACUAUCCAAGUACAAAAAAUCCGCUAUGUCUGGAAUGUCUAUGCAAAACAGUUCCAGAAAAUUGGAGUCCUAGAAGACCACUACAACUGCUCAGCUAUACAUGAUAAAUUUGGUUCUGGUCUCACCUGCAAUGAACAGAAUGUCAGGAGAGUUAUAUGUGGGCCAAACACUAUUGCUGUUCCAGUGAUCCCUAUUUGGAAACUACUCAUCAAAGAGGUCCUAAAUCCAUUUUACGUGUUCCAGCUGUUCAGUGUGUGUCUGUGGUUUGCUGAAGAUUACAUGGAGUAUGCCAGUGCCAUCAUAUUCAUGUCUCUCCUCUCAAUAUUUUUGACCAUAUAUGAUCUUAGAAAGCAAUCCAUUAAACUGCACAGACUGGUUGAGUCUCAUAACAACGUCAUGGUCACUGUCUGCAGAAAUAAGGAAGGUUUCCAAGAGCUGGAAUCACACCAUCUUGUUCCUGGAGAUAUGCUGAUUUUGAAAGAGGGCAAAUCCCUUUUGCCUUGUGAUGCCAUCCUGGUCAGUGGGCAGUGCACUGUAAAUGAAAGCAUGCUGACAGGAGAAAGUAUUCCUGUAACAAAGAUCCACCUACCCCGAGCUGAUAAUUUCCAGCCCUGGAGAGUGUACUGUGCAGAGGAUUACAGAAAACAUGUCCUCUUGUGUGGAACAGAGGUCAUCCAGACCAAGGCAGAUGACACAGGAGUAGUGAAAGCUGUGGUGCUGCGGACUGGUUUCAACACAGCCAAGGGAGAUCUGGUGAGGUCCAUUCUCUACCCUAAACCCAUGAACUUCAAGCUGUACAGAGAUGCCCUCCGGUUCCUGAUGUGCCUCGUAGCAUUUGCAGCCAUUGGAAUGAUCUACACAGUGUGUGUAUUUGCACUUAACGGGGAGGAGACAGGAGAAGUGGUGAAGAAGGCUUUGGAUGUUAUCACUAUUGCUGUCCCACCAGCUCUGCCAGCUGCCUUGACAACUGGAGUCAUUUAUACCCAGCAGAGGUUGAAGAAAAAGGGCAUCUUUUGCAUCAGCCCACAGAGGAUCAACAUGUGUGGACAGCUGAACCUUGUCUGCUUUGACAAAACUGGCACCUUAACAGAAGAUGGCCUGGAUCUUUGGGGCUUGCUGCCCUCUGAAAGAAGCUGCUUUCAGGAUAUUUACCGUUUCCCUGCAGACCACGGCCUGCCUUGGAGCCCAGUGUUCAAAGCACUGGCAGUUUGUCACUCAUUAAUUGUUUGGGAGGGCAAGAUCCAAGGAGACCCACUGGAUGUGAAAAUGUUUGAGGCCACUAACUGGGUGAUAGAUGAUUCCAGCGGACACCAGAAUGAAGGUCGAGGACCCACACAUGCCACUGUUGUUAGACCUGGACUUAAAGCCACCACUGCUCCUGUGGAAGGAAUUACCAUUUUACAUCAGUUCCCAUUUUCUUCAGCCUUGCAAAGAAUGUCUGUCAUUGCCCAGGAAAUUGGUGGGGACCCACAGGCCUUCAUAAAAGGGGCUCCUGAAACAGUAGCCAUGCUGUGUAGAGCAGAAACAGUCCCAUCCAACUUUGAAAGCAAGCUCCUGCUCUACACAGCACAGGGCUUUCGUGUCAUUGGCCUGGCCUGUAAAUCUCUGCAGGCAGGGAAGCUUCCUGCUGCUCUAACAAGGGAGGAGGUGGAAUCUGAUCUGACAUUUCUGGGUCUGCUGAUAAUGGAGAAUCGAUUAAAGAGGGAGACAAAGCCUGUUCUGGAAGAGCUCACUGCUGCCCGCAUCAGGAGUGUUAUGGUCACAGGGGACAACAUUCAGACAGCUAUAACAGUUGCCAAAAAUGCUGCCAUGAUAGCUCCAACACACAGAGUGAUUCUUGUGGAAGCAAACAAAGAACCUGGAUCUUUUUCAGCAUCUAUAACCUGGAAAUCCCUAGAAGAAAACAAAAUUGAAGACUACAGAAGCCUGGAGGAUGACAAUCAGACUGAGCCAGGAAUCAGGCUGGCAUUGGGAUCAGGCCAGUAUCAUUUUGCCAUGAAUGGAAAAUCUUACCAAAUUGUAGCACAGCAUUUCAGGCACUUACUUCCAAAGCUCUUGCUGAAUGGAACAGUUUUUGCUAGAAUGUCUCCUAGUCAGAAAUCCAGCCUUGUAGAAGAGUUUCAAAAGCUGGAUUACUUUGUGGGCAUGUGUGGAGAUGGAGCCAAUGACUGUGGGGCUUUGAAAGUGGCACAUGCAGGGAUAUCACUGUCGGAGCAGGAGGCGUCUGUGGCUUCACCUUUCACAUCCCGAACGCCCAGCAUAGCCUGUGUUCCAGAGCUAAUCAGGGAAGGCCGUGCUGCUCUUGUCACUUCCUUCUGCAUGUUCAAGUACAUGGCACUGUACAGCAUAAUUCAGUACCUUGGUGUUCUCCUGCUUUACUGGCAACUAAAUGCCUUUGGGAAUUACCAGUUUUUGUUCCAAGAUUUGGCUAUUACCACUGUAAUUGGUGUGACAAUGAGUUUCACACGUGCCUAUCCAAAGCUGGUCCCCUACAGGCCUCCAAGCCAGCUUAUCUCACCCCCAUUGCUGCUCUCUGUGGUGCUUAACAUCCUCUUCAGCCUCAGCAUGCAGAUCUUCGGCUUUGUGGUGGUCCAGGAGCAGCCUUGGUAUUCCAAGACCAAUAUACACAGUGCCUGUCUGUCAGCGAACAACCAUGAGAGGAAUUCAUCCUCCAGCCUGGGGCUCCAUGGGGUGACAGAUGGAGCCCAUGAGCAAAUAGACAAUGGCUUCAAGAGCUAUGAAAACACCACAGUGUGGUUGCUUAGUACCAUCAAUUGCCUCAUUGUAGCACUAGUGUUUUCCAAGGGAAAGCCUUUCAGGCAACCCAUCUACACCAACUAUGUGUUCAUGUUGGUGCUCACAGUGCAGCUGGGCAUUUGCCUCUUCUUGGUGUUUGCUGACAUUGAUGAUCUCUACUCCAAGAUGGAUCUUGUUUGCACCCCUACCACAUGGCGAAUCUCCAUGGUGGGAAUGCUUGCAGUCACAUUGGCUGUGUCCUUCCUUGUCGAGGAAGCUGUCAUUGAGAACAGACCCCUGUGGCUGCUUCUGAAAAAGACAUUCCGGUAUCGCUCAAAGAGCCACUACAAGAGGCUGCAGCAGGUGUUGGAGCAGGACUCAGCCUGGCCACCUCUGAAUGAAACCUUCUUUUCAGAUUCUGUGGCAGUAACAGUAGAAGGAAAUAUGGGAGGCCAUAGCAAUCCAACAUUUGACAGCAGUGAGGACUCGCUCUGA